AUGUGCCGUUUCAUAUCCCGACCACAUGAGUUUGACCCCGCCGCCUGCCCACUGGUUUCCUUCGCCCGCGGAGUUGCUAAGGCUCAUCUCGAUAAUCGUCGGCAGGGCAAGUUCUUUCCCUACACGGAAGAGACAUCAAUCGAUACGAAGGAUGCGAUAGAACGGGAGAAUUUGAACGGAUUAAUUCCGAGGCUGCACUGGACUGAAUUACAGUCGCUGUGUACUUCCGCGGGCGAACCGCCUAAGAUCUAG